CCAGGGGCCUCGUUCCGGAUCUAGUUUCUUAGCCGGGCCCAAUACACGAGUAGCUAAAUUUCAUUAGGGUUUUUAGGGUUUAACGUUGAGAUUCAGACAUUAUUCUAGGACAACAAAGCUUCAGCUUGAGCUUCAUUCCAGCUUUCUGGAAUGGGUUUAAUUUCACAAAAUAGUGAAAAGCCUAAUGGGGUUGAUAAGAAAAAGAGUAAAAGGAAGGUUCUUGAUGAAGGGGAGAAGGUGGUUGAGCAAGAAUCUGAUGUGGGUAAUUUAGGAAUUAAGAAAAACAAGAAGGAGAAGGUUGAAAAUGAGGAGGUGAUAAUGAAGGAGGAGAUGGAGAGGAAGAAGAUUGAGAAUCUUUUGUUUGGGUCUUUGCAUUUUCCGGUUGAGUUUGGGAAGGAGGAGGAUGUCGAGGAGGGGGGUAUUGGAGGGGAAGUGGAUGAUCCUGCUUUGUUUUUUAUGGAUAGGUCGGCGGAUAGUCGUUUGUCGGUUUAUGAGGAUGAUGAGGAAUUUCCCGGGGAGAGUAAGGUGGAGGAUGUGAUGGAGGAACGGAAGUGUGUUUGGGUGGAUGAUGAGGAGGAGAAGUUGAGUGUAAAUGUUGGGAAAGUUAAUAGGUUGAGGAAGUUGAGGAAGGAAGAGGGGGAGAGUGUGAUUACGGGUGCUGCGUAUGUGUCGAGGUUAAGGGCUCAGCACGAGAAGCUUAACCGAGGGACUGAUUGGGCUCGACUUGAUUCGAGGGAAAAAGAAUAUGAUUCUGGUGAGGAUUCAGAUGAGGAGUCUGGGGUUGCAGUAGCUAAGGGUUACAAGGAUGAUGAAGAUGUCAAUGAUAUUCUACGAAGUAAUCAAGAUCUUGUUGUGAAAAGCGGUGGAAAAUUAAUGCCUGGACUUCUUGAGUACUCGAAAUUAGUUGAUGCUAAUGCAGAGGAACCUGCUGCUGGCCCAAUUACUUCGGUCCAGUUCCAUAGAAAUGCACAACUUCUUUUAACUGCUGGAUUGGAUAAAAGGCUUAGAUUUUUUCAGAUUGAUGGUAAAAGGAACACUAAAAUUCAAAGCAUAUUUUUGGAAGAUUGUGCGAUACAUAAGGCCUCUUUCUCACCUGAUGGGUCUCAAGUUUUUAUAUCCGGAAGAAGGAAGUUUUUCUACAGUUUUGACUUGGUGAAAGCCACGGUAGAUAAAAUAGGCCCUUUGACGGGGAGGGAGGAGAAGAGUUUGGAAUAUUUUGAGGUCUCACCCGACUCUAAGACGAUUGCUUUUAUCGGCAAUGAAGGCUAUAUUUUGCUAGUUUCUGCCAAAACGAAAGAAUUGAUCGGAACAUUAAAGAUGAAUGGGACUUGUCGCUCUUUAGCUUUCGCUGAAGGUGGGCAACAAUUACUAAGCUCAGGUGGUGAUGGACAUAUCUACCACUGGGAUUUGAGGACAAGGACUUGCUUCCAUAAGGGUGUUGAUGAAGGUUGCAUAAAUAGUUCAUUUCUUUGUACAUCCCCGAGUGGGAAUUUGUUUGCUGCCGGUUCAGAUAGUGGGAUAGUGAACGUUUAUAACCGCGAGGAUUUUUUAGGGGGAAAGAGAAAACCUCUCAAGACAAUUGAAAAUUUAACAACAAGAGUUGGUUUUAUGAAGUUCAAUCAUGAUGCUCAGAUAUUAGCCAUCAGCUCCAGUUAUGCGAGUAAAAGUCUAAAGCUGGUUCAUAUUCCUUCAUUCACUGUUUUCUCCAACUGGCCUCCACCAAAUAAAAGUUUGCCCAAUCCCUAUUGUUUGGAUUUCAGUCCCAAUGGAGGUUUCAUGGCUUUUGGUAAUUCUGCAGGAAAGGUGCUACUGUACAAGCUGCAUCACUAUAAUCGUGCAUAGAAUGAAUAAUGACGGUUCUUUGCCAUGCUCUUUUGCCAAACUAUAGGAAAGACCAUUCGACCAGCUUAAAGGUUAUUGAAUUUUGUUUUUGGUGCUCUGCAUCAAAUUUCAUGUUGUUUUAGAUUUGCACCUAUUUGCAGAAUAACAUUGGCUGUUAUAUUUGCCCUCAAUAUUAUUCACAAGUUUCUAUGAAGCUAGAUUUUAAAGCUCAA